CCGUUGCUCCGAUGCUCUCCACUUUGAAUUUCGAAUAACUCAAGGCGCCUUAACUUCCUGCUUGCUGCGCUUUUUAUUUAUAAAUUUUAAAAAUAAAAACAAAUAAAAGCAACAGCAACAGUUCUUUGUUUACCAAAAAUAAGAAAUUAUUAAUAACCGCCAGUGAUUUGCAGCACUGGCCUGCCGAUUAAUCGAUAGGUCGAUAGCCAUCGGGUGGCAACGCCGCAUUUUUUAUUCAACCAGGUGGCAAGUGAUUAGCCCACGGAAUUCUUGAAUUAUUUCUAUUUUUGCCUUCGUUCGGCGGUUUUUUGGACAUUUCCCAAGAUGAGCACUGCAGAGCCAGCCGUGGAGUUGUUUGCGCCAGAAUCCAUUUUGAAAGCGGACGAGGAGGUGGCCGAGGCUUCUGCGGCCAGCAGGAGCAGGUUAUCCGCUGGAGAGGAGAAGUCGGAGGACAAGAAGAAGCCCGAGACGCCGGAGGACGAGCUCAUCUCCUUGGAGACGCUGCGCGCCUCACCUGUCCAGUGGCCGGAGCGAUUUCCCGGAAUGGAUGAGUUCCUCACCAUGAGCGAUACGCCCAUCUACACGCGCAACACGGACUACGCCAACAACCUGACCAGCGAGGACAUGGCCAAGAUCAAUCAACUAUCCCAACUCAGUCCCGAGGAGCUGAUCGAGAAAAUAAAGUCGAUGCAUGAUGAGAUCUACCAGCUGGGACUGCGCGAGGCGAAGGAGAUGACCCGCGGAAAGCUGCUGGGGAUCUUCGAUCGGGAGCGCAUUCCCAAGCGGCAGCCGUGAGCCAGGAUCGUUCGAUCCCAGGGAAUGGGACUACCGAAGAUCUCGUCGAUGUCGAAUUAAGCUUAAAGUUAGCCGUAGUUCUUUUUUGUACAUAAAGUAAUAUUUUUUAUAGUGAGUAAUGCACGUUGAGGAUGUAUCACAGUUUUACAAGGAUAAAUAGUCGAUUGAACAGUAA